AUGAAGCCGGGUAACACCAAGGCCGCUAAGCCUGUCGGUGUGAAGCUACCAACUGCCGCCAAGCCCGGGGUGCCGGGUCCGGCUGGCGGACCAGCCGUGGCACCAAAGUCAGGGCCCCAAGACGUCUCCCCGGCGAUUGGAGAUGCAGCAGCUUCCUUACCGGCAGAGCUAGGCAUCGAGCUGCCGGCAGUCUCCAAGGCAUUGUCCCCGAAGCCGGGACUGCCGAAGCCUGGAUUGCAGAAACCAGGGCUGCUAAAGUCUUCGUUACCAAAGCCGGGACUGCUGAAGUCUACGCUCCCGAAACCCGAGGCUCAGGUCAUCCAAACGGAAGGCGCACAGACCGAGUCGUCCAACACGCCGGCGAAAUCGUCGCCCAAGCUUCCCGCUCCCUCGCCGGAUGCAGCCACCAAGCAGUUGCCGGCUAAGAAGCCUUUGCCACCCAAGCCCAUGGCCUUGGGCUCAGCUUCUCAGACGUCGGAGGAGUCCGCACCGCCCAAGGUAGCAGUCCCUCAGGUGCCUCCCCCUUCUGUGGCCUCGGAGGUUCCGGGUCCGGAGGUUACGGCCACGCGCAAGUCGAUCCACGUUAUCACGCCCAAGGCGGGUAUGCUACCACAGUCAGCCCCGCCGGUGCCGGGCGGUCUGUUCACGUCGCAGGGCGUCAAGAGCACGCCCAAGCACGAAGCGUCCAAGUUGGGCGCCGCCAAAUCCUUCUUCCUGGGCGGCUCUUCGCCAUCGGGCAGCGUGUCCCAAGGUGCGUUACUGAGCCCGAGAAACUCUCUCGGCCGUGCUUCCAGUGGCAAGCUGGGUAUUGAGCUGACCCGCAAGUCCUCCAUUCGAUCAAAUACCGGUCUUAGCGACUCCGAAUCCGGACCUGGGAACAGACUUCACGGAGUCAUUCGACAUGUCCACAGAGAAAUCAACAACGCCUCACAAAACAACCCUAGCUAA